AUGGGUCCAAAUCCUGGAGUUGCGUUUUCCUACACAGUGCCAAAAUCUGUCAGUACAACGCAGUUCCCGGCUGCCCACUAUAAAUGGGUGAGAUACGUGAUGCAGGACUGUAGCAAAGAGUGUGGUGUUCAAAGCGAAAAGGUGAUCGAAACAGAAUGUAGGUAUGAGAAGAAUAAUGUCAAGGUCGAACCUGACUUGUGCGACCUCACCACAAAACCCCCCACACAACGAUACCAAUGUCGCGCUUGGGCGUGUCCGGCCAGAUUUAACCAGGGAUUUGAAUAUUACAUUUUAUUUUUCUUUCUUUCUUUCUUUCUUUCUUUCUUUCUUUCUUUUACCUUUUACAAUUUUGAUUUAAUUCCAGAUAAUUCUUUUUUUAUUGUCUUUUACCUUACUACUCCCUCGUGUUCUUUUUUUUUUUUUUCUUUCUUUCUUUCUUUUCUUUUCUUUCUUUCUUUCUUUCUUUCUUUCUUUUCUUUCCCUUUACCUUUUACAAUUUUGAUUUAA